AAAUCCCCACAUCCCGAACGUUAAAACCGCCCUCUCCUCUGUUCCUCUUUUAAGUAUCUAUAUCCUCGACUUCGUAUAUAAACUUCCUCUUCCCGGCGAAUUCUAAACUUUUAUUUUUCCGAGAAAAUUCAAGAUUCCUGAGAAACAAACAGAAAGUUAGGGGGAGAGAGCUUGUGAUCGGAGCUCGUGAGAGAUAGAACGAUUUUUUUCGAUCAAUGGUGUAUUCUGUUGAAAGAGAAGAGAGAGUUAUGGCCAUGGGACAAGAGAGAUCAAAACCGCCGCUUCAUAAUUUUGAUCUUCCUUUCUUGAAGUGGGGGAAUCAAAGGCAUCUCCGUUGCAUGAAACUUCCCGACUCCAGUACCGCCGCCGCCGUUGUUCGGGACAACAAGAACGAGACCAGAGGAGGCAGGUUCCCAGUUGAGCGACACCGCAGCAGCAACCGAUCUCCACCGACGAAUUUUGGCAAUUAUGAUGCCCGGCGGUCCAAGGCUCCGAGAGAGAGAUUCGGCGGUGUGGAGGAAGGGAUUGAUGCAGUGAGGGAGAAGAUCAUGCUUGAUCUGAAAACGGCGGCGAAUAAGAUGAAAGACAAGAUUUUGAGGAAAGAAGUGUCCGAUGAUGAUAGUGAAGUCGAAGAGGAACAAUCUCUUCAAUCUCAGUCUCAAACUCCGCCAGGGGCCGUGGUUACGGCGGCUGAGGAAGCACCGGCGGAGCAGGAAGUGAGGCCGUGGAACCUGAGGACGAGGAGAGCGGCGAUUGGUGGAGGUGGGAAUCCAAUUUCAGGGAAAGUGAGUGGUAAUAACUGUUCGCCUUUGAGAAGCGACAGUGCUAAAUCGCCGAGAUUAAGAGGAGAUAAGAGGGAUAGAGAGGAAGAGGAGAAGGAGAGAGUGGCGUUUUCGGUGCCGUUAUCGAAGAAGGAGAUCGAAGAGGAUUUCAUGGCGAUGUUGGGCCAUAGACCUUCUCGUAGGCCUAAGAAACGGCCCAGGAUUGUGCAGAAGCAGAUGGAUGCUUUAUUUCCUGGUUUGUGGCUAUCGGAGGUUACUGUUGAUAAUUAUAAGGUGCCGGAGUUGCCGGAGAGCGGAAAGAGGUAGCAAUGCUAGUGGUGGUCUUUUGCGAGGUUCAAAUUUCAAGGCUUCUUUUGCUGACUACUCUGGGAACUUUAUGAACCUAGCAAGUGGUAUACAAGAGCAGCCUUCAUCCUUGUGACUUGGGGAUUUCAUAAUAGAGUUGAUACUCCUGGUGACUCAUUGAGAUGUUAGAUCAGUUGUUUUGAAAUGCUAAUAUUGUUUUCAUUAAUUAUAAUCUUUUCUGUCGGAAUAAUGUCCUGUAAAGAAAGGGUAGUUGGAUGUUCUAAAACGAAAGGAAUGCCUUGUUCUGUGAGCUCCUUUUUGUUGAGUACACUUACAAGUUGAUGAUAAUGAAUGGGAUUUUCAUAUUUUAA